UCGAGCCCGUUCUCGAACUCUCAGGAGAAAGAUUUAAGCUGGAGACAACAAAAAAGGACCAGCACACUCUUGUAAUGUUUUAUGCUCAUUGGUGUAGUCAGUCUCAGGAAGCCAAGCCGAAGUAUGAUCGUGCAGCCGAACAGUUGAAACAAUUGGCAAAAUCUGAUCGUGUGAUGGCGGCUGUUGAUUGCGCAGAAAAAAUAAAUCAAGGUAAGUCUACGAUGACUAUUGAAAAUAAAACUAAGAUAAGUUAA